CCAGCGCCACGUCCACCCCACAGCCUGCUGGGUCCAGACAGUCCACAACACCCGACAUAUCUGCGGUAACCAUCAUCGGGCGCCAGACCUCCACGAGCAGGGGGCCCGAGGUGUCAUGGUCCACAAGUCUCUCUGUGGAGGAAACCUCCAUGUCUCCCGAGGCUGUUCCCUCCACUUCUCUGCCCCUGACUUCUUCACUCCACACCCCGGGCCUAGUGAAGACCACAGAUGUGGGGGACACGGGCUCAGGAGCCCAGACCAGCUCACCUCUGUCUCUGAGCAGUGUCUCACCUCCAUUCCUGGCCACCACUAGGGAGACCACGGGCACACGGAACACCCCUGCUUCCUCAGACAGGGCGGUGACCCAUGUGGGCACCUCCACUUCCGGACACGGACACCCAACCACAUUGCAGGCCAUGGAAAUCACUUCCGCCAUGGGAACCUCCAACAUGGGGCAGGAGGGUGUUUCUACACCAACCGCUGCCUUCCCCAGCACCGGGAGGGCUAACACACCACCGGCGUCCACUGUCAUCCCUGGGCUAAGCGACUCCAGCACCCCAGAGGACACCAGCUCAGGCUCUGGGACAAGCACUGUCCUUCCUCAAUGGCCCACUGGCGCUCCCACUAAGGUCUCCGGGACACAAGGCAUCGCCUCCAGCCCCAUGUCCACCCCACAGCCUGCUGGAUCCACACAGUCCCCAACACCAGACAUGUCAGCAGAAACCAUCCCUGGGCUCCAGACCUCCGCCACCAUGCCUGGCUCAGUGGAAGCGACCAUCACCAGCCCAACAGCUCACUCCGGGUCCACUUCACAGGCUACCCCGACCUUGGAAUCAGCAACCUCCUCCGCCUGGGAGACAAGGCCCUCGGCUGGGACCCAGGGAUGGCCUCACUCACAGGGGGCCACCAUCACCAGCAAGAGACCAGGGAAGGUGUCAGGGGCCACAAGCCACUCUAUGGAGGAAACCAGCUCUGUCUCCUCUCUGUUGGCCUCCUCCCCUCCCACGUCCUCGCCUGCUCCUGCUUCCUCCAUGUCACCUAAGGGUGCUCCCUCCACUUCUCUGCCCCUGACUUCUUCCCUCCUCACCACGGGAAUGGUGAAGACCACAGACAUGGCCGCCACGAGCUCAGGAGCCCAGAGCAGCUCACCUCCGUCUCUGAGCAGUGCCUCGCCUCCAUUCCUGGCCACGACUAGAGAGACCACGGGGACACAGAGCAUGCCUCCUUCCUCAGACAUGGCGGCAACCCACGUUGGCACCUAUACAUCCGGACUCGGACACCGGACCUCUCUGCCGGCUACCCUGCAGGCCAUGGCAACCAUGUCCGCAACCCUGGGCACCUCCUCCCCUGUGGAGCAGGAGCGAGUUUCCACACCAACCGCUGCCUUCCCCAGCACCGGGAGCGCUCACACACAGCCGGCGUCCCCCGUCAGCCCUGGGCUCGGUGAGUCCAGCACCCCGGAGGACACCAGCUCAGGCUCAGGGACAAGCAAUGUCCUAGAUCAAGGGCCCACUGAAACCACUACUCAGGUCUCCAAGACACAAGGCAUCUUCUCCAGCGCCACGUCCACCCCACAGCCUGCUGGGUCCACAGGGGCCACAACACCCGACAUCUCCACGGAAACCAUCACCGGGCUCCGGACCUCCACCACCACGCCUGGCUCAGUGGAACGGAGCAUCACCAGCCCAACAGGUUCCUCCGGGUCCACUUCACAGGCUACCCCGACCUUGGAAUCAGCAUCCUCCUCCGCCUGGGAGACAAGGCCCUCAGCUUGGAGCCAGGGAUGGCCUCACUCAGAAAGGGAUACACUCUCGAGCUGGGGGUCUGGGAAGGUGUCAGGGGCCACAGGUCCCUCUAUGCAGGAAACUAGCUCUGUCUCCUCCCUGCUGUCCUCUUCCCCUCCCACGUCCUCGCCUGCUGCUGCUUCUUCCAAUUCACCCCAGGCUGUUUCCCCGACUUCUCUGCUCCUGACUUCCUCCCUCCUCACCCUGAGCCUGGGGAAGACCACAGAUAUGGCGGCCACGGACUCAGGAGCCCAGACCAUCUCACCUACGUCUCUGAGCAGUGCCUCGCCUCCAUUGCUGGCCACCGCUAGGGAGACCACAGGCAAAUGGAGCAUGCCUCCUUCUUCAGACACGGCAGAGACCCAUAUGGGCACCACCAAUUCUGGACUCGGACAUCCGACCUCUCUGCUGGCUACCUUGCAGUCCACGGAAACCAUGUCCGCAGGGGGCACCUCCACCCCCGUGGGGCAGGAGCGAGUUCCCACACCAACCGCUGCCUUCCCCAGCACCGGGAGCGCUCACACACAGCCGGCGUCCGCCAUCAGCCCUGGGCUCAGCGAGUCCAGCACCCCAGAGGACACCAGCUCAUUCUCGAGGACAAGCACUGUCCUACAUCAAGAGCCCACUGGCACUCCCACUCAGGUCUCCAGGACAGAAGGCAUCUCCUCCAGCGCCACGUCCACUCCACAGCCUGCUGGGUCCAGACGAUCCACAACACCCAACGUCUCCGCGGAAACCAUCACCGGACUCAGGACUUCCGACAUCACACCUGGCUCAGCGGAAGUGACGAUCACCGGCCCAACAGGUGUCGCCAGGUCCACUUCACACCCUACCCCGACCUUGGCCAUGGCAACCAGCUAUGCCCGGGAGCCAAGCCCCUCAGCUUGGAGCCAGGGAUGGCCUCACUCAGAGGGGGCCACCCUCACGAGCAGUGGGCCCGGGACAGUGUCAGGGGCCACACGUCCCUCUGUGCAGGAAACCAGCUCUGUCUCCUCCCUGCUGCCCUCUUCCCCUCCCACGUCCUCGCCUGCUCCUGCUUCCUCCAUGUCACCCGAGGCUGUUCCCUCCACUUCUCUGCUCCUGACUUCUUCCCUCCUCACCCCAGGCCUGGCAAAGACAACAGAUUCAGCAGCCACAGGCUCAGGAACCCAAACCACCUCACCUCUGUCUCUGAGCAGUGCAUCGCUUCUAUUCCAGGCCACCUCUAGGGAGACCACAGGCACACGGAGCAUGCCUCCUUCCUCAGACAUGUUGGCGACCCACGUUGGCACCACCACUUCUGGACUCCGACACCUGACCUCUAUGCUGGCUACCACUCAGGCCACGGAAACCACGUCCCCAAUGGGCACCUCCUCCCCCGUGGUGCGGGACCCUGUGUCCACACCAACCACUGCCUUCCCCAGCACCGGGGGCGCUCACACACAGCCGGCGUCUGCUGUCAGCCCUGGGCUCAGAGAGUCCAGCACCCCAGCAGACACCAGCUCAGGCUCGGGGACAAGCACUGUCCCUGCUCAAGGGCCCACCAGCACUCCCACUCAGGUCUCCGGCACACAAGGCAUCUCCUCCAGCGCCACGUCCACCCCACACCCUUCUGGGGCCACACAGUCCACAAGACUCAACAUCUCCUGGGAAACUAUCCCAGGCCACCUUACCUCAGCCAUCAUCCCUGGCUCAGCAGAAGCGACCAUCACCAGCCCAACAGGUCCCUCCGGGUCCACUUCACAGGCUACCACAUAUUUGGCCACAGCAACCACUGCUGCCCGGGAGGCAACGCCCUCAGCUGGUAACCAAGGAUGGCCUGAAUCAGAGGGGGCCACCCUCACCAGCAAGGUGCCCGGGACUUUGUCAGGGGCCACACGUCCCUCUGUGCAGGAAACCAGCUUUGUCUCCUUUCUGCUGCCCUCCUCCAAUCCCACAUCCUCGCCUGCUCCUGCUUCCUCCAUGUCACCUAAGGCUGUUCCCUCCAUUUCUCUGCCCCUGACUUCUUCCCUCCUCAACCCAGGACUGCUGAAGACCACAGAUAUGGUGGCCACGGGCUCAGGAGCCCAGACCAUCUCACCUCCGUCUCUGAGCAGUGCCUCACCUCCAUUCAUGGCCACUGCUACGGACACCACAGGCACAGGGAGAACCCUUCAUUCCUCAGUCACGGUGGCGACUCACGUGGGCACCAUCACUUCCGGACUCGGAUACCCGACCUCAUUGCAGGCCACGGAAACCACGUCGACAAUGGGUGCCUCCUCCCCCCUGGGGCAGGAGCGAGUUCCCACACCAACCGCUGCCUUCCCCAGCACCGGGAGCGCUCACACACAGCCGGCGUCCCCAGUCAGCCCUGGGCUCAGGGAGUCCAGCUCCCCGGAGGACACCAGCUCAGGGUCAGGGACAAGUACUCUCCUUCCUCAAGGGCCAACUGGACCUCCCACUCAGGUCUCAGGGACACAAGGCAUCUCCUCCAGGGGCACGUCCACCCCACAGCCUGCUGGGUCCACAGGGGCCACAACUACCGACAUCUCCACAGAAACCAUCCCUGGUAUCUGGACUUCCACCACCACGUCUGGCUCAGCGGAAGCGACCAUCACCAGCCCAACAGCUCUGACCAGGUCCACUUCACAGACUACCCUGACAUUAGGCACAGCGACCACCUCCACCUGGCAGACAAGGCCCUCGGCUGUUAGCCAGGGAUGGCCUCACUCAGAGGGGGCCACCCUCAUGAGCAAGGUUCCUGGGAAGGUGUCAGGGGCCACACGUCCCUCUGUGGAGGAAACCAGCACUGUCUCCUCCCUGUCGGCCUCCUCCCCUCCCACGUCCUCGCCUGCUCCUGCUUCCUCCAUGUCACCCGAGGCUGUUCCCUCCACUUCUCUGCCCCUGACUUCUUCCCUCCUCACCCCAGGCUUGCUGAAGACCACAGACCUGGUGGCCACAGACUCAGGAGCCCAGACCAGCUCACCUCCAUCUCUGAGCAGUGCCUCUCCUGCAUUCCUGUCCACCGCUAGGGAGACCACAGACAUAGGGACCAUGCCUCCUUCCUCAGACAUGGCGGCAAAUCACGUGGGCACUGCCACUUCCGGACUCAAACACUCGACCACAUUGCAGGCCACGGAAACCACGUCCGCAAUGGGCACCUCCUCGACCGUGGGGCAGGAGCGAGUUCCCACAACAGCCGCUGCCUUCCCCAGCACCGGGAGCGCUCACACACAGCCGGCGUCCCCCGUCAGCCCUGGACUCAGUGAGUCCAACACCACAGAGGCCACUAGCUCAGGCUUUGGGACAAGCACUGUCCCUGCACGAGGGACCUCCGGCACUCCUACUCAGGUUCCCGGAACAGAAGGCAGCUCCUCCAACGCCACGGCCACCCCACAGCCUGCUGGAUCGAAACUAUCUACAACACCCAACAUUUCAGCCAAAACCAACCCCAGUCUCCAAACCUCCACCACCACGCCUGGCUCACCAGAAGCGACCAUCACCAGCUCAACAGGUCCCUCUGGGUCCAAUUCACAGGCUACCGCCACCUUGGCCACGGAGACCAGCUCUGCUGGGGAGGCAAGAACCUGGGCAGGGAGCCAGGGGUGGUCUCAGUCAGAGGAAGCCACCCUCACGAGCAAGGCGCCUGGGAAGGUGUCAAUGGCCACACGUCCCUCUGAGGAGGAAACCAGCUCUGUCUCCUCCCUGCUGCCCUCUUCCCCUCCCAUGUCCUCGCCUGCUGCUGCUUCCUCCAUGUCACCCGAGGCUGUUCCGUCAACUUCUCUGACCCUGACUUCUUCCCUCCACACCCUGGGCCUGCUGAAGACCACAGACAUGGCGGCCACGGGCUCAGGAGCCCAGAGCCCCUCACCUCCGUCUCUGAGCAGUGCCUCGCCUCCAUUCCUGACCACUGCUACAGAAGGCACAGGCACUCGGAGCAUGCCUCCUUCUUCAGAUAUGUUGGCGACCCUCGUGGGCACUGCAACCUCCAGACUCAGACAUGCGACUUCUGUGCUGGAUGCCUUGCAGGCCACGGAAACCACGUUCUCAAUGGGCGCCUCCCCCUCCAUGGGGCAGGAGCGAGUUCCCACACCAACCGCUGCCUUCCCCAGCACCGGGAGCGCUCACACACAGCUGACAUCUGCCGUCAGCCCUGGGCUCAGCGAGUCCAGCUCCCCGGAGGACACCAGCUCAGGCUUGGGGACAAGCACUCUCCUUCCUCAAGGGCCAACUGGACUUUCCACUCAGGUCUCCGAGACACGAGGCAUCUCCUCCAGUGCCACGUCCACCCCACAGCCUGCUGGGUCCACAGGGGCCACAACACCCGACAUCUCCACGGAAACCAUCCCUGGUAUCUGGACGUCCGCCACCACGUCUGGCUCCGCGGAAGCGACCAUCACCAGCCCAACAGCUCCAUCCGGGUCCACCUCACAGACAACCCCAACCUUGGCCAUGGCAACCACCUCCGCCUGGCAUACAGGACCCUUGACUGUUAGCCAGGGAUGGCCUCACUCAGAGGGAGCCACCCUCAUGAGCAAGGUGCCCAGGACAGUGUCAGGGGCCACACAUCCCUCUCUGGAGGAAACCAGCUCUGUCUCCUCCCUGCUGCCCUCUGCCCCUCCCAAGUUCUGGACUGCUCCUGCUUCCUCCAUGUCACCAGAGGCUGUUCCCUCCACUUCUCUGCCCCUGACUUCUUCCUUCCCCACCCUGGGCCUGCUGAAGACCACAGAUGUGGUGGCCACGGACUUAGGAGCACAGAGCACCUCACCUCCGUCUCUGAGCAGUGCCUUGCCUCCAUUCCUGGCCACCACUAGGGAGACCACAGGCACACGGAGCAUGCCUCCUUCCUCAGACAUGGUGCCGACCCUCGUGGGCACUGCCACUUCCGGACUCCGACACCCGACCACGUUGCAGGCCACGGAAAUCACUUCCGAAAUUGGCGUGUCCUACCCUGUGGGGCAGGAGAGAGUUCCCACACCACCCGCUGCCUUCCCCAGCACCAGGAGCGCUCACACACAGCCAGCGUCCCCCAUCAGCCCUGGGCUCAGUGAGUCCAGCUCCACGGAGGACACCAGCUCAGGCUCAGGCACAAGCACUCUCCUUCCUCAAGGGCCAACUGGACCUUCCACUCAGGUCUCCGAGGCAAAAGGCAUCUCCUCCAGGGGCACGUCCACCCCACAGCCUGCUGGGUCCACAGGGGCCACAACACCUGACAUCUCCACGGAAACCAUCCCUGGUAUCUGGACUUCCGCCACCAUGUCUGGCUCCACGGAAGCCACCAUCACGAGCCCAACAGCUCCGACCGGGUCCACUUCACAGACUACCCUGACCUUGGCCACGGCGACCGACUCCGCCUGGCAUACAGGGCCCUUGGCUGUUACCCAGGGAUGGCCUCACUUAGAGGGGUCCACCGUCAUGAGCAAGGUGCCCGGGAAGGUGUCAGGGGCCACACGUCCCUCUGUGCAAGAAACCAGCUCUGUCUCCUCCCUUCUGCCCUCUUCCCCUCCCAUGUCUUCACCUGCUCCUGCUUCCUCCAUGUCACCCGAGGCUGUUCCCCCCACUUCUCUGCCCCUGACUUCUUCCCUCCUCACCCUAGGCCUGCUGAAGACCACAGAUGUGACAGCCACAGUCUCAGGAGCCCAGACCAUCUCUCCUCCGUCUCUGAGCAGUGUCUCGCCUCCACUCCUGGCCACCGCUAGGGAGACCAUAGACACAGGAAACACCCCUCCUUUCUCUGUCACAGCGGCGACCCACGUGAGCACUGCAACUUCUGGACUUGGACAUCCGACCUCUCUGCCGGCUACCUUGCAGGCCACAGAAACCACAUCUGCGGUGGGCACCUCCUCUCCCGUGGGGCAGGAGCGAGUUUCCACACCAUCCCCUGCCUUCCCCAGCACCGGGAGCGCUCACACACAGCCAGCGUCCGCCAUCAGCCCUGGGCCCAGUGAGUCCGGCACCCUGGAGGACACCAGCUCAGGCUCGGGGACAAGCACUGUCCAUGCUCAAUGGCCCACCGGUGCUCCCACUGACAUCUCCAGGACACAAGGCAUCUCCUCCAGCGCCACCUCCACCCCACAGCCUCCAGGGGCAACAGGGGCCACAACACCCGACAUCUCCUCGGAAACUAACACAGGGCUCUGGACCUCCGUCACCUUGCCUGGCUCAGCGAAAACUACCCCGACCUUGACCACGGCGACCACUUCAGCCCGAGAGUCAACGCCCUCGGCUGGGAGUCAGGGAUGGCCUCACUCAGAGAGGGCCACCCUCAUGAGCUGGGGGCCCGGGAAGGUGUCAGGGGCCACACGUCCCUCUGUGCAGGAAACCAGCUCUGUCUCCUCCCUGCUGCCCUCUUCCCCUCCCACGUCCUCGCCUGCUCCUGCUUCCUCCAUGUCACCCGAGGCCAUUCCCUCCACUUCUCUGCCCCUGACUUCCUCCCUCCUCACCCCGGGCCUGCUGAAGACCACAGAUGCCAUGGAAGCCACAUCCACAGUGGGCGCCUCCUACACGGUGGGGCAGGAGCGAGUUUCGACACCAACCGCUGCCUUCCCCAGCACCGGGAGCGCUCACACACAGCCGGCGUCCCCAGUCAGCCCUGGGCUCAGCGAGUCCAGCACCCCAGAGGACACCAGCUCGGGCUUAGGGACAGGCACUGUACCUGUGCAAGGUCCCACUGGCACUCCCACUCAGAUCUCCAGGACACAAGGCAUCUCCUCCAUCCCCACGUCCACCCCACAGCCUGCUGGGUCCACAGGGCCCACAACAUACGACGUCUCCACAGAAAACAUUCCCCACCUCGGGACCUCCACCAUCACCUCUGGCUCAGCGGAAGCGACCAUCACCAGCCCAACAGGUCCAUCCGGGUCCACUUCACAGACCUCCCCGACCUUGGCUUCGGGGACCAGCUCCACACAGGCCACAAGGCCCUCGGCUGGGAGCCUGGGAUGGCCUCACUCAGAGGGGACCACCUUCACGAGCAUGAAGCCCAGGAAGGUGUCAGGGGCCACACGUCCCUCUCUGGAGGAAACCAGCUCUGUCUCCUCCCUGCUGCCCUCCUACCCUCCCACAUCCUCGCCUGCUCCUUCUUCCUCCAUGUCACCCGAGGCUGUUCCCUCCACUUCUCUGCCCCUGACUUCUCCCCUCCUCACCCCGGGCCUGCUGAAGACCACAGACCUGGCGGCCACGGGCUCAGGAGCCCAGACCACCUCACUUCCAUCUCUGAGCAGUGUCUCACCUGCAUUCCUGGCCACUGCUAGAGAGAUCAAGGGCACACAGAGCAUGCCUCCUUCCUCACCAAAGGCGGCAACCCAUGUGGGCACCACCACCUCCAGACUCGGACACCCGACCACAUUGCAGGCCACGGAAACCACGUCUGCAAUGGGUGGCUCCUCCCCCGUGGGGCAGGAGCGAGUUCCCACACCAACCGCUGCCUUCCCCAGCACCGGGAGCGCUCACACACAGCCGGUGUCCGCCGUCAGCCCUGGGCUCAGCGAGUCCAGCUCCCCGGAAAACACCAGCUCAGGCUCGGGGCCAAGCACUGCCCAUGCUCUAGGGCCCACCGGCACUCCCACUCAGGUCUCUGGGACACAAGGCAUCUCUUCCAGCACCAUGUCCACCCCACAGCCUGCUGGGUCCAAACUGUCCACAACAUCUGACCUGUCAGCCGAAACCAUCCCCGGGUUCCAGACCUCUACCACCACGCCUGGCUCUGCAGAAGUGACCAUCACCAGCCCAACAGGUCACUCCGGGUCCACUUCACAGGCUACCCCGACCUUGGCCACGGGGAACACUUCCGCCCAGGAGGCAAGGACCUCGGCUGGGAGCCAGGGAUGGCCUCACUCAGAAGGGGCCACCCUCCCAAGCAAGAGACCAGGGAAGGUGUCAGGGGCCACACGUCCCUCUGUGGAGGAAACCAGCUCUGUCUCCUCCCUGCCGCCCUCUUCCCCUCCCACGUCCUCGCCGGCUCCUGCUUCCUCCAUGUCACCCGAGGCUGUUCCCUCCACUUCUCUGCCCCUGACUUCCUCUCUCCUCACCACGGGCCUGGUGAAGACCACAGAUGUGGCGGCCACGGACUCAGGAGCCCAGACCACCUCUCCUCCAUCUCUGAGCAGUGCCUCGCCUCCAUUCCUGGCAACCACUAGAGGGACCAUAGGCACACAGAGCAUGCCUCCUUCCUCAGACAUGGUGGUGACCCUUGUGGGCACCACCUCUUCCAGACUCGGACACAAGACCACAUUGCAGGCCACGGAAAUCACUUCCACAGUGGGCACCUCCUUCCCCAUGGGGCAGGAGCGAGUUUCCACACCAACCGCUGCCUUCCCCAGCACCGGGAGCACUCACACACAGCCGGUGUCCGCCAUCAGCCCUGGGCUCAGUGAUUCCAGUACCCCGGAGGACACCAGCUCAGGCUCCGGGACAAACACUGUGCUUGCACAAGGGCCCACCGGCACUCCCACUCAGGUCUCCGGCACACAGGGCAUCUCCUCCAGCGCCACGGCCACCCCACAGCCUGCUGGGUCCAUAGGGGCCACAACACCAGACGUCUCCGUAGAAACCAUCACCAGGAUCUGGAUCUCCGCCACCACGCCUGGCUUAGUGGAAAUGACCAUCACCAGCCUAGCAGGUCCCUCCGUGUCCACUUUACAGACCACCCCGACCUUGGCCACGGCGACCACCUCCACCCGGGAGGCAAGGCCCUCGGCUGUAAGCCAGGGAUGGCCUCACUCAGAGGGGACCACCCUCAUAAGUAGGGAGCCCGGGAAGGUGUCAGGGGCCACACGUCCCUCUGUGCAGGAAACCAGCUCUUUCUCCUCCCUGCUGCCCUCUUCUGCUCCCACGUCCUCGCCUGCUCCUGCUUCCUCCAUGUCACCCGAGGCUGUUCCCUCCACUUCUCUGCCCCUGACUUCCUCCCUCCUCACCCCAGGCCUGCUGAAGACCACAGAUGUGGCCACCAUGGGCUCAGGAGCCCAGAGCACCUCACCUCCGUCUCUGAGCAGUGUCUUGCCUGCAUUCCUGGCCACCACUAGAGAGACCACAGGCACACGUAUCACCCCUCCUUCCUCAGACAUGGGAGCGACCCACGUCGGUACCGCCACUUCCGGAAUUGGACACCAGAGCUCUCUGCCCGCUUCCUCCGCCGUCAGCCCUCGGCUCAGCGACUCCAGCACAGCAGACGACAUAAGCACUGGCUCAGGGACAAGCACUGUCCCAACAGAAGGCCCGACCAAUGCUCUCAUUCAGGUCUCCGGGACACAAGGCAUCUCCUCCAGCGCCACGUCCACCCCACAGCCUGCUGGGUCCACAGGGACCACAACACCGGGCAGCUCUACGAAAACCAUCACCCGGCUCUGGACCUCCUCCAUCACCCAUGGCUCAGCGGAAGCGACCAUCACCAGCCCAACAGGUCACUCCAGGUCCACUUCACAGGCUACCCCGACCUUGGCCACAGAGACCACUGCAGCCAAGGAGUCAAGACCCUCAGGUGGGAGCCAGGGAUGGCCUCACUCAGAAGGGGCCACCCUCACGAGCAGGGGGCCUGGGAAGGUGUCAAGGGCCACACGUCCCUCUGUGCAGGAAACCAGCUCUGUCUCCUGCCUGCUGCCCUCUUUUCCUUCCACGUCCUCGCCUGCUGCUUCUUCCUCCAUGUCACCCGAGGCUGUUCCCUCCACUUCUCUGCCCCCGACUUCUUCCCUCCUGACCCCGGGCCUAGUGAAGACCACAGACGUGGCGGCCACGGGCUCAGGAGGCCAGACCACCUCACCUCCGUCUCUGAGCAGUGUCUUGCCUGCAUUCCUGGCCACUGCUAGGGAGACCACAGGCACACGGAACACCCCUCCUUUCUCUGACCCGGCGGCGACCCAUGUGGGCACUGCCACUUCCGGACACGGACACCCGACCACAUUGCAGGCCACGGAAAUCAUGUCCACAAUGGGAAUCUCCUCCACCAUUGGGCAGGAGCGAGUUUCCACAGCAACCGCCGCCUUCCUCAGCACCGGGAACGCUCACACACAGCCGGCGUCCGCCGUUAGCCCUGGGGUCAGCGUGUCCAGCACCCUGGAGGACACCAGCUCAGGCUUUGGGAUAAGCACUCUCCCUGCACAAGGGCCCACUGACACUCCUACUAAGGUCUCCCGGACACAAGGCAUCUCCUCCAGCGCCAUCUCCAGCUCACUGCCUGCUGGGUUCAAACUUUUCACAACACCCGAACUGUCACCUGAAACCAUCCCCGGGAUCUGGACCUCUACCACCAUGCCAGGCUCAGUGGAGGUGACCAUCACCAGCCCAACGGGUCCCUCCGGGUCCACUUCACAGGCUACCCCGACCUUAGCCUCGGUGACUACUUCCACGCAAGAGGCAAGGGCCUCUGCUGGAAGCCAGACCACACAUGUGGCAGCCAUGAGCUCAGAACCUGAAAUCACUUCUACACUUUUCUCAGGCACCAAGUUUGAAUUACAUUCGACCUCCUCAGUCACCACACAUUCUGGGAGCUCUCUUGUUUCUUCAAACACAACAAUGGCCACUGUGCUCUCCUUUCCUUCCCAUUAUCAAUCUCAUUCCACUGUCUUAGCUGACUCUGAGGCAACCAGGGCCCCCUCUCCCAUGGACACCACCCACACCUUUGGGAAGAAACAUCUUUCAUCGUCAAGUCCUGCCUCGUUGGAGACUAAGAGCAUUCUGACGGGGACUUCUUCUUCACCGACCGCUGGAUUUCGAGAGUCAAGUACCUCCAAGGAGACCAGCUUAGUCACAGUUGGUCUGGGAGUUGUCUCCGGGCCAAGCCUUCCCUCUUCACAAGAAACCCAUUCUCCAUCUUCUCUGAUGUCUUCACCUGCCUCCAACUCACCUUCUCCUCUUUCCUCCACAUUAUCCAUGGGCUCUCCCUCUUCUCCUCCUGUUACUUCUCUUCUUACCACGGGCCUGGUGAGGACUCCGGAUGUGUUGGCCACAGGCUCAGAACCUGAAACCACUCCAGCUUCAAAUUUGAUCAGCACCUCAGCUGAAACACUGCCCACAUCUGAAGUCACUACAGACAUGGAGAAAACUCAUUCUUUUUCAAACACAGCAGUGACCAAGUUGUGGACCAGCAGUUCUGGACAGGAACUAUCUUCGUCUGUCCCAGUCCACUCUGGGCUAUCCUAUACUUCAUAUCCAGUCAGUACUGACGACUUCAGGGUAGACACUGGCAUUUCCACAGCAAGGCCUGCCCGUUUUCAGACCACAGAGAGUGUUGAGUUGGGAACGCUGACCCGUGCUUAUCAAGUUCCUCCACGUUCAACACAGUUGACAAGAACCGAUGACAUGAUGGAGCACAUCACAAAGAUACCCAAUGGAGCGGCACAUGAAGGCACCGUAGGACCAGUGAAGGGGCCUCUGGUGUCCACAUCACCUGCUAGUCCUAGAGGAGGGACAGAAAGAGCUGAGACCACUGCCACAGCUCUGAAGACCACCUCCGCAGCCACACUGACCCCCAGAGCCCAUGCUGCCACUUCAAGAACACUGACUCCUCUCAAGACAUCAGCACGAGCGGCCACCACAAGCACAGCGGGAAUGGUGAUCACAACCCCACAUGUUUCAGAGAUGACAUCCUCAUUGGCCACCAGACUUGGAGCGGAGACCAGCACAGCUGUUCCCAGUAUAAUCCCAUCUGUUUUCACUAGAGAACCAGAGCCCACAGCUUCACCUGCGCCCAGUUCUGGGGCAGAGACCAGUCCAACUGGUGCAACCGUUUCCUUUGGUGAGCCGGAUACAACGGCCUCGUGGAUGACCCACCCUGCAGAGACCACCUCAGUUAUUUCCAAGGCAACACUGAACGUUCCCCGUAGUGAAUCACAUUCCACUCUCUCCACAGCCACCAGUCCUGGGGCAGAAGUCAGCUCAGCUGUUCCAAAGCCAGCCACCUCCCCCGGUAUACCAGAUACGGUGACCUCCCUGACUACCAGUGCCAUAGCAAAGACAAGCAUGGUUAUUCCAACUCCCACAGACUCUCCCGAUGAACCAGAGACCACAGCCUCAGGGGCUGCCCAUCCCGCAGAGAAAAGCCCAAAGGUUCCCAAGACAAUCCCAACUCUUUCCUAUAAUGAGUCAGACACCACAACUUCAAUGGCCACCAGUGCUGGGGCAGAAGCCAGUUCCGCUGUUUCAACUAUGGCUGUCUCACCUGGUGUAGCAGAUACUGUAACCUCACAGGUCACUAGUUCUGGGACAGAUGCUGAUAUGGCUCUUCCAACUCUGACUCUUUCUCCUGGUGAACCAGAGACCACAGCCUCGUUGGCUACCCACCUUGGGACACACACCAGUUCAGCCAUUCCAACUCUGACUACCUUGCCUGGUGUGUCGGGGCUGGUGACCUCACUGGUCACUAGUUCUGGGGCAGGAACAAGUAACCCUGUUCCAACUAUGACAGUCUCCUCAGGCCAACUGGAUACCACAGCUUCACGGAUCGCCCAUCCUGGGGCAGAAGUCAGUUCAACUGAUCCAACUCGGACUUUCCCCUUUGCUGAGCCAGAUACAACAGCCUCAUUGGUUCCUCAUCCUGCAGAGACUAACACAACGGUUCCCCAGACAACUCCCAACUUUUUCCAUAGCAAAUCAGACACCACAUAUUCAACAUCCACCAGUAGUGGGGCAGAAGCCAGUUCAGCUGUUCUAACUCCAACUGUUCCACCUGGGGUGCCAAGGGCAGAGACCUCUAUGGUCACUAGCUCUAGGGCAGUGACCAGGACAAGUGUGCCAACUCUGAGUCUUUCUCCUGGUGCACCAGACACCACAGCCUCACUUGUAACCCACCCUGAGGCACAAACAAGUUCAACCAUUCCAGUUCCGACUGUCUCCCCUAGUGUGCCAGGGCUGGUGACUUCACUGGUCACUCUUUCUGGGGCAGAAACCAGUACAUUUCCAACUCUGAAUGCUACCCCAGGCCAACUGGAGACCACAGCCUCACGGGUCACUCAUCCUGGAAUGGAAGCCAGCUCUGUUGUGACUUCUUUGACUGUCUCCCCUGGUGAGCCAGAUACAACAGUUUCCUUGGCUACCCAUCCUACAGAGAAUAGCCCAACCGUUGCCAGGACAACCCAAAGUUUUUCCCAUAGUAAAUCAUACACCACACUUUCAACAGCCACCAGUCCAGGGGCAGGAUUUAGUUCAGCUAUUUCAACAGCCACUUCAGCUGGUACACCAGGCAUGCCAACCCCACUGGUCACUAGACCUGGGGCAGACACCAGUACAACUUUUCCAACACUGAUAGUGUCCCCACAUGAACCAGAGACAAUGGUCUCAUGGGCCACUCAUCCUGAAAAGACCAGUCAAAUGGUCCCCAGGACAACCCCCCAUAGUGACUCAGCCACCACAGCCUCAGUGGCCACCAUCCCUGGAGCAGAGACUGGUUCAGCUGUUCCAACGCUAACUAUCUCGCCUGAUGUACCAGGCAUGGUGACCUCGCUGGUCACUGGUUCUGAGACAGAGGCCAGUACAACUUUCUCAAUGUUGCCUGGGCACCCAGGUGAACCAGGGGCAACAGCUUCCUGGGUCACUCAGUCCUGGAUAGAAGCCAGUUCAGCUGUUCCGACUCUGACUCUUCCUUCUAGUGAGUCCGAUACAAAAGCCUGGUGGGUGACCCACUCUACAGAGAUUAGCACAUCUGUGCCCAGAACCACCUCAAAAUUUUCCCAUAGUGAACCAGACACCCGGUCUUCAACGGCUACCAGUGCCAGGGCAGAAGCCAGUUCCGCCAUUCCAACAGCAGUGAUCCCACCUGCUACACCAGAUGUGCUGACCUCACUGAUCACUAGCUCUGGGACAGACACAAGCACAUUUCCAGCACUGCCUGAGUCCCCACAUAAAACAGAGACAACAGCCUCAUGGGUCACUUACCCUGCAGAGAGCAGCACAACGGUUUCCAGGACAACCCUCAGUUUUUCCCAGAGUGGAUCAGACACUACACCCUCAAUGGCCACCACUUCGACUGUUUCAACUACAACUGUCUCACCUGGUGUAGCAGAUCUGGUGACUUCACAGGUCACUGCCUCUGGGAUUGAUACUAGUACAACUUUUCCAACAAGGACUGAGUCCCCGCAUGAACCAGGGACAACAGCUUCUAGGGUCACACAUCCUGCAGUGACCAGCACAGCAGUUCCCAAGACAACCACUAAUUUUUUCUAUAGUGAAUCGGACACCAUAACCUCAAUGGCCACCAGUUCAACUGUUUCAACUAUGACUCUCUCGCCUGGUGUACCAGACAUGGUGGCCUCACAGGUCACGAGCUCUGGGACACACACCAAUAUGGCUCUUCCAACUCUGACUGUUUCUCCUGGUAAAAAAGAGACCACAGCCUCUUUGGUUACCCAUCCUGGGACACAGACUGGUUCUUCUGUUCCAACUCCAGCUGUUUCCUCUGGUGAACUAGACACAACAACCUCUCUGGUCACCCAUCCUGCACAGACCAGCACCCCUGUUUUUAGAACAACCCCCAGUUUUUCCCACAGCAAACCAGAUAUCACACCUUCAACAGCCACCAGUCCUGGGGCAGAAGGCAGUUCAGUUGUGCUAACAAGGACUCUGUCACCUGGUGUACCAGACAUGGUGACCUCACAGGUCACGAGCUCUGGGACACACACCAAUAUAGUUCUUCCAACUCUGACUGUUUCUCCUGGUAAACUAGAUAUCACAGCCUCAUUGGUUACCCAUCCUGGGACACAGGCCGGUUCUUCUGUUCCAACUCCAACUGUUUCCUCUGGUGAACCAGACACAAACCUCUCGGUCACCCAUCCUGCACAGACCAGCACCCCUGUUUCCAGAACAACCCCCAGUUUUUCCCACAGUAAACCAGAUAUCACACCUUCAACAGCCACCAGUCCUGGGGCAGAAGGCAGUUCAGCUGUGCUAACAAGGACUCUCUCACCUAGUAUACCAGACAUGGUGACCUCACAGGUCACGAGUUCUGGGACACACACCAAUAUGGCUCUUCCAACUCUGACUGUUUCUCCUGGUAAACUAGAGACCACAGCCUCAUUGGUUACCCAACCUGGGACACAGAUCGGUUCUGCUGUUCCAACUCCAACUGUUUCCUCUGGUGAACCAGACACAACAACCUCUCCGAUCACCCAUCCUGCACAGACCAGCACCCCUGUUUCCAGAACAAUCCCCAGUUUUUCCCACAGUAAACCAGAUAUCACACCUUCAACAGCCACCAGUCCUGGGGCAGAAGGCAGUUCAGCUGUGCUAACAAGGACUCUUUCACCUAGUAUACAGAACAUUGUGACCUCACAGGUCACGAGUUCUGGGACACACACCAAUAUGGUUCUUCCAACUCUGACUGUUUCUCCUGGUAAAAAAGAGACCACAGCCUCAUUGGUUACCCAUCCUGGGAUACAGACUGGUUCUGCUGUUCCAACUCCAACUGUUUCCUCUGGUGAACCCAACACAACAACCUCUCAGGUCACCCAUCCUGCACAGACCAGCACCCCUGUUUCCAGAACAACCCUCAGUUUUUCCCACAGUAAACCAGAUACCACACCUUCAACAGCCACCAGUCCUGGGGCAGAAGGCAGUUCACCUAUGCCAGCAAUGACUCUCUCACCUGGUGUACCAGACAUGGUGACCUCACAGGUCACGAGUUCUAGGGCAGCGACCAGUACAGCUAUUCCAACUCUGACUCUUUCUCCUGGUGAACCAAAAACCACAACCUUAUUGGUCACCCACCUCAGUGUAGACACAAGCACAAAACUUCCAGCUUCGACUGACUUUCCUCAUGUGUUGGAGACCACAGCCUCGCUCUCUACCCAUGCUGGGACAGACGCCAGCACGACCAUUCCAACUUCAACUUUGUCCCCUGAUCUACUGGAGACCACAGGCUUAUUGGCCACCAGCUCUUUGGCGGAAGCCAGCACAGACAUUCCAGCUCUGACAGUUUCCCCUGGUGUCCCUGGGCUUGCUGGUGCCCCCACGACAACGGGUAGGCUUAGUACUGUAACUUUUUGGAGCACAGAAACCUCACCACCCAUAACUUCAGUUGGACUCCCAGAAUUUUCCACAGCUGUCACAGGUACCACUAUGACCUCGACACUAUCAGAAACCCCAAUGCCACCUAAAACCAGUCACGGAGAAGGAGUUAGUCCAACCACUAUCCUGAAAACAACAAUGGUGGAGACCACUAAUCUACCUGCCGCAAGUUCAAACCCCACCAUGGCUGAGACCACAACUGCCUUCAGUACACCAGCUGGAAGUCCUUUUGCCACUCUGACCACGCCUGGGAUGUCUACGUCGGCCUCUGAGAGCGUGACUUCAGGAACAACCCAAGUUCCUCCGUUGAUGCCUUUUACCCUCAACUUCACCAUCACCAACCUGCACUACGUGGGGGGCAUGGGGCACCCGGGCUCUGAGAUAUUCAACGCCACCGACAGGACCCUGCAGCGCCUGCUCAAGCCCUUGUUCCAGGACAGCAGCAUCGGCUCCGGCUACUCUGGCUGCAGACUGACCACGCUCAGGACUGAUAAGGACGGGGCAGCCACCAGAGUGGAUGCCAUCUGCACCUAUCGCCCUGACCCCAUGGGCCACGGGCUGGACAGAGAACAGUUGUACCAGGAACUGAACCAACUGACCCAUGGUGUCACCCAGCUAGGCCUCUACACCCUGGACAGAGACAGCCUGUAUGUCAACGGUUAUAACCAUCGGUACUGGACCCCUACCACCAGCACUCCAGUGACAGUGACUUCCACAUUUUCUCCAGGGGUUUUCACACCCUCCAUCCCCAGCGCUACAGCGGAAAUCCCUUUCCUCGUGCCAUUCACUCUCAACUUCACCAUCACCAACCUGCAGUACGAGGAAGACAUGGGGCGCCCAGGCUCCUCAAAGUUCAGCACCACGGAGAGCGUCCUGCGGAGUCUGCUCAAACCUUUGCUCCAGAAUAGCAGUCUAGGAAACCUCUAUUCAGGCUGUAGACUGGCCUCGCUCAGAUCCGAGAAGGAUGGGACAGCCACCAGAGUGGAUGCCAUCUGCACCUACCACCCUGAUCCUGAAGGCUUCAGACUGGACAGAGAGCAGCUAUACUGGGAGCUGAGUGAGAAGACCCAUGGAAUCACAGAGCUGGGUCCCUACACCCUGGACAAGGACAGUCUCUAUGUCAAUGAGUUCACCCAUCGGACAUCUGUCCCCAUCAGCAGCACACCUGGGACAUCCACAGUGAAUGUGGAAAGCUCUGGGACUCCAUUCUCCCUCCCCAGCCCCACAGUCACUGAACCUCGCCUGGUGCCGUUCACCGUCAACUUCACUAUCCUGAACCUGCAAUAUGAGGAUGUCAUGCAUCACCCUGGGUCCUGGAAGUUCAACACCACAGAGAGGGUCCUGCAGGGUCUGCUCAGGCCCUUGCUCCAGAACACCAGUGUCGGCCCUCUGUACUCUGGCUGCAGACUGACCUUGCUCAGGCCUGAGAAGGACAGGAGAGCCACUGGCGUAGACGCCAUAUGCACCCUCCACCCUGACCCCACAGGCCAUGGGCUGGACAGAGAGCAGCUGUACUGGGAGCUGAGCCAGCUGACCCACGGCAUCGCUGAGCUGGGUCCCUACACCCUGGACAAGGACAGUCUGUAUGUCAAUGGUUUCACCCAUAGGAGCUCUCUCCACGUCACCAGCACUCCUGGGACUUCCACCAUGGACAUGGGAGCCUCUGUGAUGCCUUCCUUCUUCCCCAGCCCUAUGACCACUGGACCUCUCCUUAUGUCAUUCACCCUCAACUUCACUAUCACGAACCUGAGGUAUGAGGAGGACCUGCUUCACCCUGGCUCCUGGAAGUUCAACACCACAGAGAGGGUCCUGCAGGGGCUGCUCAGGCCCUUGUUCCAGAACACCAGCGUCAGCCCUCUGUACUCCACCUGCAGACUUGCAUUACUCAGGCCCGAGAAAGAAGGGACAGCCACUGGAGUAGAUGCCACCUGCACCCUCCGCCCUGACCCCACAGGCCAUGGGCUGGACAGAGAGCAGCUGUACUGGGAGCUGAGCCAGCUGACCCAUGGCAUCACUGAGCUGGGUCCCUACACCCUGGACAAGGACAGUCUCUAUGUCAAUGGUUUCACCCACAGGAGUCUUGUGCCCAUCACCAGCACUCCUGAGACUUCCACGGUGAACCUGGGAACCUCCAGGGCUCCAUCCUCCCUCCCCGGCCCCAUGACAGCUAAACCACACCUGAUGCCAUUCACCCUCAACUUCACCAUCCUGAACCUGCAGUACGAGGAGGUCAUGCGUCACCCUGGCUCCUGGAAGUUCAACACCACGGAGAGGGCCCUACAGGGUCUGCUUGGGCCCUUGUUCAAGAACACAAGCGUUGGCCCUCUGUACUCCAGCUGCAGAUUGACCUUGCUUAGGCCAGAGAAGGACGGGGCAGCCACUGGAGUGGACUCCAUUUGCACCCACCACCCUGACCCCGUGGGUCCUGGGCUGGACAGAGAGCGGCUGUACUGGGAGCUGAGCCAGCUGACCCAUGGCAUCACUGAGCUGGGCCCCUACACGCUGGACAGGGACAGUCUCUAUGUCAACGGUUUCACCCACAGAAACUCUCUGCACAUCACCAGCCCUCCUGGGACGUCCACAGUGAACCUGGGAACCUCUGGCACUCCACCCUCCCGCCCCGGCCCCACCGCUGCUGGAUCUCUCCUGGUGCCAUUCACCCUCAACUUCACCAUCCUGAACCUGCAGUAUGAGGAGGUCAUGCGUCACCCUGGCUCCUGGAAGUUCAACAGCACAGAGAGGGUCCUGCAGGGUCUGCUCAAGCCCUUGCUCCAGAGCACUAAUGUCGGGCCUCUGUACUCCGGCUGCAGACUGACCUCGCUCAGGCCUGAGAAGGAUGGGGAAGCCACUGCAGUAGAUGCCACCUGCACCCUCCGCCCUGACCCCACAGGCCAUGGGCUGGACAGAGAGCAGCUGUACUGGGAGCUGAGCCAGCUGACCCAUGGCAUCACCGAGCUGGGUCCCUACACCCUGGACAAGGACAGUCUCUAUGUCAAUGGUUUCACCCACAGGAGCUCUCUGCACACCACCAGCAGUCCUGGGACGUCCACUGUGAACAUUGGAACCUCUGGGACUCCUUCCGCCCUCCCGGGCCCCAUGGCUACUGAACCUCCCCUCGUACCAUUCACCCUGAACUUCACCAUCCUGAACCUGCAGUAUGCGGAGGACAUGCAUCGCCCCGGCUCCUGGAAGUUCAACACCACGAAGAGGGUCCUACAGGGUCUGCUCACGCCCUUGUUCAAGAAAACCAGUGUCCACCCUCUGUAUACCGACUGCAGACUGACCUCGCUCAGGCCCGAGAAAGACGGGACAGCCACUGGAGUGGACGCCACCUGCACCCUCCGCCCUGACCCCACAGGCCACGGGCUGGACAGAGAGCAGCUGUACUGGGAGCUGAGCCAGCUGACCCACGGCAUCACCGAGCUGGGUCCCUACACCCUGGACAAGGACAGUCUGUAUGUCAAUGGCUUCACCCAUAGGGGCUCUCUGUACAUCACUAGCACUCCUGGGACGACCACAGUGAACCUGGGAACCUCAGGGACUCCACCCUCCCUCCCCGUCCCCACCGCCACUGAACCUCUCCUGACGCCAUUCACCCUCAACUUCACCAUCCUGAACCUGCAGUACGAGGAGGUCAUGCGACACCCUGGCUCCUGGAAGUUCAACACCACGGAGAGGGUCUUGCAGGGAUUGCUCAGGCCCUUGUUCAACAACACCAGUGUCAGCCUUCUGUACUCUGGCUGCAGACUGACCUCGCUCAGGCCUAAGAAGGAUGGGGCAGCCACUGGAGUAGACGCCACCUGCACCCUCCACCCUGACCCCACUGGCCAUGCUCUGGACAGAGAGCAGCUGUACUGGGAGCUGAGCCAACUGACCCAUGGCAUCACUGAGCUGGGUCCCUACAAACUGGACAAGGACAGUCUCUAUGUGAAUGGCUUCACCCAUCAGAGGCCUCUGCACAUCACCAGCACUCCUGGGACCUCCACAGUGAACCUGGGAACAUCUGGAACUCCAUCCUCCUUACCCAGUCCCUCAGCGACUGAACCUCUUCUGAUGCCUUUUACCCUCAACUUCACCAUCCUGAACCUGCAGUACGAGGAGGUCAUGCGACACCCUGGCUCCUGGAAGUUCAACACCACAGAGAGGGUCCUGCAGGGACUGCUCAGGCCCUUGUUCAACAACACCAGUGUCAGCCCUCUGUACUCUGGAUGCAGACUGACCUCACUCAGGCCCGAGAAAGACGGGACAGCCACUGCAGUGGAUGCCACCUGCACCCUCCACCCUGACCCCACAGGCCAUGGGCUGGACAGAGAGCAGCUGUACUGGGAGCUGAGCCAGCUGACCCACAGCAUCACUGAGUUGGGUCCCUACACCCUGGACAAGGACAGUCUCUAUGUCAAUGGUUUCACCCAUCCGAGGCCUCUGCACAUCACCAGCACUCCUAGGGCCUCCACAGUGAACCUGGGACCAUCUGGGAGUCCAUCCUCCUUGCCCAGUCCCUCAGCCACUGAACCUCUCCUGAUGAUUUUCACCCUCAACUUCACCAUCCUGAACCUGCAGUAUGAGGAGGUCAUGCGUCACCCUGGCUCCUGGAAGUUCAACACCACUGAGAGGGUCCUGCAGGGAUUGCUCAGGCCUUUGUUCAACAACACCAGUGUCAGCUCUCUGUACUCUGGAUGCAGACUGACCUCGCUCAGGCCUGAGAAAGACGGGAAAGCCACUGGAGUGGAUGCCACCUGUACCCUCCACCCUGACCCCACAGGCCAUGGGCUGGACAGAGAGCAGCUGUACUGGGAGCUGAGCCAGCUGACCCAUGGCAUCACUGAGCUGGGUCCCUACACCCUGGACAAGGACAGUCUCUAUGUCAAUGAUUUCACCCAUAGGACCUCUCUGCACAUCACCAGCACUCCUAGGGCCUCCACAGUGAACCUGGGACCAUCUGGGAGUCCAUCCUCCUUACCCAGUCCCUCAGCCACUGAACCUCUCCUGGUGCCAUUCACCCUCAACCUCACCAUCCUGAACCUGCAGUACGAGGAGGUCAUGGGACACCCUGGCUCCUGGAAGUUCAACACCACGGAGAGGGUCCUGCAGGGAUUGAGACUCCUGUGGAAGAUGGAUUUUGAUGAGUCAGAGGACAAUAUCUUGGCCGAUCUAAAUGGUAACACUGACAUAGAGUUGAUUGAUAAAGGGAUAGUACCUCUGAGCAUUGGCUGGUUGGCCACCGAACCUCUCCUGACACCAUUCACCCUCAACUUCACCAUCCUGAACCUGCAGUACGAGGAGGUCAUGCGACACCCUGGCUCCUGGAAGUUCAACACCACAGAGAGGGUCCUGCAGGGAUUGCUCAGGCCCUUGUUCAACAACACCAGUGUCAGCCCUCUGUACUCUGGAUGCAGACUGACCUCGCUCAGGCCUGAGAAGGAUGGGGAAGCCACUAAAGUGGACGCCACCUGUACCCUCCGCCCUGACCCCACAGGCCAUGGGCUGGACAGAGAGCAGCUGUACUGGGAGCUGAGCCAGCUGACCCAUGGCAUCACUGAGCUGGGUCCCUACACCCUGGACAAGGACAGUCUCUAUGUCAAUGAUUUCACCCAUAGGACCUCUCUGCACAUCACCAGCACUCCUAGGGCCUCCACAGUGAACCUGGGACCAUCUGGGAGUCCAUCCUCCUUACCCAGUCCCUCAGCGACUGAACCUCUUCUGAUGCCAUUCACCCUCAACUUCACCAUCCUGAACCUGCAGUAUGAGGAGGCCAUGCAUCACCCUGGCUCCUGGAAGUUCAACACCACGGAGAGGGUCCUGCAGGGACUGCUCGGGCCCUUGUUCAACAACACCAGUGUCAGCCCUCUGUACUCUGGCUGCAGACUGACCUUGCUCAGGCCUGAGAAGGAAGGGGAAGCCACUGGAGUAGACGCCACCUGUACCCUCCGCCCUGACCCCACAGGCCAUGGGCUGGACAGAGAGCAGCUGUACUGGGAGCUGAGCCAGCUGACCCAUGGCAUCACUGAGUUGGGUCCCUACACCCUGGACAAGGACAGUCUCUAUGUCAAUGGUUUCACCCAUGGGACCUCUCUGCACAUCACCAGCCCUCCUGGGACUUCCACAGUGAACCUGGGAACCUCCGGCACUCCAGCCUCCUUACCUGGUGCCUCAGCCUCAAGCCCUACCUUGGUACCCUUCACCCUUAACUUCACCAUCACAAACCUGCGGUACAUGCCAGACAUGAAGCACGCAGGGUCUGCAAUAUUCAACAUGACCGAGCGGAUCCUGCAGCGCACGCUCGGGCCUUUGUUCAAGAACACCAGUAUCGGCCUACUGUAUGCUGCCUGCAGACUGAUUUCCCUCAGGCCGGAGAAGGAUGGAGCAGCCACCAGAGUGGACACCAUCUGCACGCACAGCUCUGAGCCCACAGGCCCUGGGCUGGGCAGAGAGCAGCUGUACUGGGAGCUGAGCCAGGGGACCCACGGCGUCACUCAGCUGGGCUCCUUCACCCUGGACAGGGACAGCCUCUAUGUCAACGGUUACACUCACCAGGCCCUGACCUCUACCCCCGGUGCAGCCUCAACCAUGUCUUCCGGGACCUCCGUGUCACUCUCCGCAGCCUCCAGCUCUCUCCUAAUGACGUUCACCGUCAACUUCACCAUCCUGAACCUGCAGUACGUGGAGGACAUGCAGAACAUGGGUUCCUGGAGGUUCAACACCACAGAGAGGGUCCUCCAGAACUUGCUCACGCCCUUGUUCAAGAACACCAGCAUCAACCCUCUGUACUCUGGCUGCAGACUGACCUCACUCAGCUCAAAGGAGAAUGGGACCGCCACUGAAGUGAAUGCCAUCUGCAGCCACCGCCCUGACUGGAUAGGCCCUGGGCCAAACAGAGAGCGGCUGUACUGGGAGUUGCACCAGCUGACUGACGGUGUCACCAAGCUGGGCCCCUACACCCUGCACAGGGACAGUCUCUAUGUCAAUGGCUACACGCACCAGACUUCAGUAACCACUACGAACACCACAAAUACACCUCUGAUGAACUUCACCCUCAACUUCACCAUCACCAGCAUGCGCUACAGGAAGGACAUGCAGCCUCCGGGCUCUUCGGAAUUCCAGAGCUUGGACAGGUCUCUGCAGUUUCUGCUGGAUGAGCUGUUCUGGAACACCAGUGUCCGCACACUGUACACUGGAUGCAGACUCACCUUGCUCAGACCUGAGAGGCACGGGUCAGCCACUGGAGUGGACACCAUCUGCACCUUCCGCUCUGACCCUGCACACCAUGGGCUGAACAAAGAGUGGCUGUACUGGGAGAUCAGUCAGCAGACACAUGGCGUCACCCGGCUGGGCCCCGCCACCCUGGACCCGGACAGUCUCUAUGUCAAUGGUUACACCCACAAGAGGAAGACCAAGCCCUCAGGCACCACUGGCCAUACCCUGGUACCUUUCAUUGUCAACUUCACCAUCACCAACCUGAACUACACGGAGGACAUGGGGCAGCCAGGUUCCUCCGUGUUCAACAUCACCGAGAGGUCCCUACAGAACUGGCUCUCGUACUUGUUCCAAGAGACCAGUGAAGGCUACCUGUACGCCGGCAGCAGACUGGACUCGCUCAGGCUUGCAGAUGGCGGGGCGGCCACCAGAGUGGACAUGGUCUGCACCUUCCACUCGUACCCCAAGAGCCCUGGACUCUACAGAGAGUGGCUGUACUGGGAGUUCAGCCAGCUGACAAAGGGCAUCUCCCACCUGGGCCCCUACACCCUGGACAGGGACAGCCUCUACAUCAAUGGUUACACCUAUGCAGCCCCAAUUAACACAACCGGGGACCUCAGCGAGGAGCCCUUCACGCUGAACUUCACCAUCAACAACCUGCGCUACACGCCGGACAUGGGGCGCCCUGGCUCCCCCAAGUUCAACAUCACCGACGCCCUCAUGCAGCACCUGCUCGGCCCUUUGCUCCAGCACAGCAGCCUCGGGGAGCUCUACGCCGGCUGCAGGUUGGCCGCGCUCAGAUCUACGGAGACCGGCACCCAGACACAGUUGGACUUUCUCUGCGCCUACUGGCAGCCACCCGGUGCCCCAGUUCUGCUUGCCAAGUGGGUGUUCCAUGAGCUGAGCCAGCAGACCCGUGGCAUCACCCGGCUGGGCCCCUACUUUCUGGACAAAGACAGCCUCUAUGUUAACGGUUAUCACGAACAUGGUCCGGAUGAGCCUCCCACAACUCCUGAGCCAGCCACCACUGCCCCGCCUCCUCCAGUAUCCACCACAGCUGCCGCUCAUGUAUCCCACAACGUAUCGGUCUCAAGCGAGUACCAGCUUGUUUUCCGCAUCGUCAACGGGAACCUCAACAAUCCAGACCCCACCUCUCUGGAGUACACCGCCCUGCUGAGGGACAUCCAGAACAAGGUCACCGCACUCUACGCACGCAGCCAGCUACAGGACAUGUUCCGCACCUGCCUGAUCACCAACCUAACGUUGGACCCCAUGUGGGUCACUGUCAGAACAUUGUUCUCUUCCAAUCUGGACCCCAAACUGGUGAAGCAAAUCUUUCAGGAUGAGACCCGGAAUGGCUCGUCCUACUGGCUGGGCGCCACCUACCAACUGGCGGACCUGCGUGUGACAGAAAUGGAGCUAAGCAGACCCACAUCCCAGCACUUCCAGUUGAAUUUCACCAUCACCAACCUACCGUAUUCCCAGGACAUGGCCCAGCCAAGCACUACCAAACACCAGCGAAACAAAAGGAGUAUUGAGAAUGCGCUCAGCCAGCUCUUCCGAAACAGCAACAUCGGGAGUUACUUUGAUAACUGUCAAGUAUCAGCAUUCAGGUCCGUCCCCCCCAGCAAUCACACUGGAGUGGAUUCCCUGUGUUACUUCUCACCAUUGACUCGGAGGCUGAGCAGAGUUGCCAUCUAUGAAGAAUUCCUACGGUUGACCCAGAAUGGUACCCGGCUGCAGAACUUCACCUUGGACCGGAACAGCGUCCUUGUGGAUGGGUAUUCUCUCCAGGAAAAUCACGUCUUGAUGAAGAAUACAGGCCUUCCCUUCUGGGCCAUCAUCGUCAUCUCGCUGGCAGGACUCCUGGGAUUAAUAACAUGCCUCUUCACCUGUUUCCUGGUGAUCGCCUGCCUGCGAAGGAAGAAGGUGGGCGACUACGAGAUCCAGGAACGCCACCUGGGCUACUACCUGGCCCUCCUAGACCUGAGGAAGCGGCAAUGACUGCAUCUUCCUUGGGUCCCUUUUCCCCAGCCAGGCCCCAGAAAAGCUUG